AUGUCACGCCAUCAGUAUGAUCUUGUUCAGUGUAUGAAGCAAACAGGUCCUAAUGUAGGACUUGUAUGUUCUCAAUGCGAUGGUAAAUGUCCAGUUUGUGACUCUCUCGUCAAGCCUACCACCAAAGUUCGACUCUGUAGUGAAUGUUCUUUUGGUCAUCUUGCUAAAAAAUGUAUUCUUUGCGGAAAUGGAUAUGAUGAAGGUGUUGCUGCGUACUAUUGCUUGGAGUGUGUCCGCUCGGAAAAGGAUCGAGAAGGAUGUCCUCGGAUUAUUAAUGUAGGUUCAUCUAGAAGUGAUAUGAUAUUUAAUAAGAGAAGAAAUGAGAAGAAAGCUUAA